AUGGAGGGUCGUCAGUACACGGACCUACGUUGGAUUGCGUGCAAGUCACGAAGAUUCCAAGUCAUCACUGAUGAUGGGCUUGCACCGAAUCUUAGAGAUCCUGUUGUACGUGAUUUCUUCCGAGACAUCAUCUUCCUCAACUGUCAUGAGAUAGGUCUUAUUCCUCAUCAAGUUGGUACGGUAAGAAUCAUGUCAGUUCUGAAAGAGAUGUUCAGCCGAUAUCUUGACUGCCCCAUCACUACUGAGUUCAUGAAGAGAUAUGAGGCCGAAAUAAACGCACAAAAUCGAGGACCAUCUACUUCCAACCAAGAACAAGAUUCGAACGAAAUACUUUCGGGUGAAUCUCGGGCUAAUUAUCUAAACAAACUUUCCAACUGGAUCUCGACUCGAAGUGAACUCAAUGUCGGGCAAAUGUCAUGGGACACUGCUGCACUCUUGAACGGCGAUAACUUGUCGGAAAACUCCAUGCCAGCUGAUUGCCAUGAAGAAAAGACAACCGAUCAGGGACUGGGAAAGUGGCUUAGUGACACCGGCACUGCUGCUGCUACAGCUGUAAACGACACCCUGAAAAAUAACACCUGGAGGAAUGAGAUGAUCGAAAUUAUCCGACCAGUAUCCAAUGCAAUUGGGGCGGCAUGGCUAUGGCUAAACGAAGAUGUGUAA